AAGAUGGCGGCUGCUGUGCGGUAUGGCUCCUAGUCCUCUCGGUGUUUAUCGUCUCCAGACCGUCUCAAUCCUCGCGAAAUCCCCCUAACCCGCGAUUUACUCACCAGCCCUCGCAUCCAUCCUCAACCCACAAUGUGAAUACACACGGAGAAACAAUAACAAAUAAACAAAGCCUCUGUGCACCAUCGCCUCAGCAUUUGUCGUUGCAACUCGUGGAGUUGAACAUUCACCUUUUUUCGGAUAAAAAAUGCUCUCCCCCUGGAGUUAAUCCGAUUUGUUUGCAGACAAGUGUUGUAACAGUGCUGUAACCUGUGGAAAAUAAGAAUACGUCGUGGGAGAGGACGAGGGGGAGGCGAGAGAGAGAGAGAGAUAGCUCGAGAGUGAGGGAUAAUUUUCAUUUUCCAGCUGAAGAGGGAACAAUAGACAAGUGACUGGGGUUUGUGCGUUUGCCGGACUUCGGCCCGGUUAAUAUUGUCAUAGACAUGCUGAAGCAAUUGCAGAUGGGGAUGAGAGCUUUCCUUCUUAUGGCUUCCCGCGUGUGGACCUGCAUCUGCUUUCUGCUCAAGAAGCAGGUUAGAGCCAUCUCGCAGAUGCAACCAGUGAAAUACGAGAUCUUCCCACUGUCGCCGUUGUCCAGGCACAGACUCAGCAUAGUAAAGAGAAAAGUAUUAGUGUUAGAUUUAGAUGAGACGCUGAUACACUCACAUCACGAUGGAGUGGCGAGGCCAACAGUCAGGCCUGGAACGCCUCCUGAUUUUGUUCUUAAGGUGACGAUAGACCGACAUCCGGUCAGAUUUUUCGUCCACAAGAGACCACACGUUGAUUUUUUCCUGGAUAUUGUUAGCCAGUGGUAUGAACUCGUAGUGUUCACAGCAUCAAUGGAGAUAUAUGGAGCAGCAGUUGCCGAUAAAUUGGACAACAACAGGGGUAUAUUAAGACGUAGAUAUUACAGACAACAUUGUACACCUGAAAUGGGUUCUUACACCAAGGACCUAGCUGCCAUUUGCUCGGAUUUGGCAUCUGUUUUCAUACUUGAUAAUAGUCCAGGGGCUUACAGAGCCUAUCCACACAAUGCUAUCCCGAUAAAAUCGUGGUUUAGUGAUGCUGGUGACACAGCCCUCCUAAGCCUCCUUCCAGUCCUGGACGCUCUACGUUUCACCCAGGACGUGCGCUCAGUACUAUCGAGAAAUCUACAUCUACCUCACACUGGGUAGCUAACUGAUCCCAUCCCAUCAUUCAAUCGACUCAAUUAGACUAGACUAGAUAAAAGGAAAAACAAAAAACUGAAGGGAGAAAAAAAAGUAAUGAUAAUGCAGUUUAGUGUGUCUAAUGUUAGGAUUAAAUACUGUUAUUGAAAUAGAUAUAGAACACCCUGAUUACGAGACGAUGAGGAAAAUAUCUUGUUUAUUUGUUUUUUCAAAAUUUCUGGGCGGGAGGGAAUUCAUUCUGUAGCUGAUUGAGGUGAGAAUUGAUGUCUUGAGAAUUAUUGGGUUUAGGGGCAAUGUUGAGACAUCUCUGUUAAUGACACAAAAUCCUUUGAAAGGAUUUCACUCGACAUUGUUUCUAAAUCCAUUAGUCUUGGAGAUAUUUGUAGAAUUGUAAGUGACAAAUUUUCCGAAAUUGGAUAAAACUGGGAAAAAAUCACGAAGACGAAUUAAAAAAUAUUUCAGAAUCUAGCGGAUGUAGAGGGAAAUGUCAUAAAACAUUUUUGUAGAGAAUUUUGUAAGUUACAAAUAAGGUCUACUAACAUUUUCUCCUAAAGCCACUAGUUUUCGAGGUAUUUGCAGAAUUUUUAGUGACAAAUUUUCGAAAUUCGAACAAAUUGAACAAAAAAUCACAAAGACGAAUUAAGAAACAUCUCGGAAACUAGCGGAGUCGGAGGAAAAUGUCAUAAGAACUUUUUGUAGACAAUUAUAAAAUAUAAACUACAAAAAAAGCCUAAUGACAUUUCUCCUAAAGCCACUAGUUUCCAAGAUGUUCGCAAAAUACUCAGUAAAAAGUUUUGAAUUCUCACCAAUUAGCUACUGAACUCAGUGAGUAUUUAUUCGAGUGCAUCCCAAGGAAAUUGGAAACGUCAGCCAAUACUUUCUUCAGCACAAAGCGUCCUAGGAUCACAACAAUCCUCGAUUCAAUUUGCGUUAAUUUAUGUAAAUAAUUUAAUUUAAAAAAGUGUAAUUUCAUCGAUUGAUCGAAAAAAAUAUUGCAUCAGCCAAAGAUCGCUUUAUAAACAAGAUACGUUCGUGAGACUCCUGAUUAUUCUUUCCGUUCGAAUAAUAGUGAAGUACAUCUGUAAGCCACUAUUGUCGACAGUUGAACUCCAUUUGCUCCUUUGUGCGUUCAUUUUGAGAUAAAAAAAUUAUGUAAAUGUUUCUUUGUACCAUCGACCUAGGAUGGCUCAUAAAAUGGUGAAAGAUACUAAGUCACAGAUUUUUUUCUUUUUCUAGACAGACUGGUGCAACUCACUGUAUCAGUGAGGCAUUGGUCCACAUUUAUGAUUAAUCUAAUGAAUAAAGAGUAUUAAUAAAGUUACAUAUUGAAAUUACAUGAAAAAUGGCGGAACAAAACAUAUAAAUUUGUUAUGAAUGUAAUUCUUUCAGGAAGAAUUUAACUCAGGCGGUCCUGAUGUGUGCAUGGAGUAUAUGCACAUUUAUCUAUUCUCGAUUGAUUGAAUUUGAGUGAAUAAAAUUAUAACAAAUUUCCUUUUCAA